AUGUCGACAGCACAAAGAAGACAGAAGAGUUAUGCUGACGUACAACGUAAGGAUCUCGAGUUCGAUGUGGGAUACAUGGUCUUUCUGAAGGUUGCACCUGUGAAGGGAUCUUAUCGUUUGGCGCUGCCUUCAUCUCUUUCUGCAGUGCAUGACGUAUUCCAUGUCUCCAUGCUAAGGAAGUAUGUCGCAGAUCCGACGCAUGUGGUGGACUUCGAGCCAUUGCAAAUUUCUGGAGACUUGAGUUACGAGGAGCAACCGUUUGAGAUCUUGGCAAGAGAGGUCAAGAUGCUACAUAAUCGAGGAAUCUUGCUGGUCAAAGUUCUUUGGCGAAACCGCGGAGUUGAAAAGGCCACAUGGGAGAGAGAAGAGGACAUGAGAGCCCAGUACCCUGAGUUGUUUGAGGAUUAG